AUGACGCCCGACGCCGUCAUCCUCACGCAUGCGGCGGUGGCCGCUGCCCCCGCUCUUCCCUUCGUUUGGGCGCAGUCAGAGCACUCAAAGUCGACGGAAGGCACGCCCCCGUCGCCUCAACGCGCAUACUCGCAGAUUGCAGUGGCGAUUGAGGUGAAAGAGAGCGACACGAAGAGCGCAGAAGCGCGUAACCAAGUGCUUAGGCGGCUACACAUGAUCUGCACGACCGCACUCCGCGCCCACGCGAUCGGGGUCACCCUUUGCGGGGACGUACUUCAAGUCUACCUCGUCAACGCGUGUGGGGUGUUCACGACGAGCGCCCGCAAGUGCGGUCAGGAAGCCCUGCUGCUCCGGCGCGUGCUGUCACACAUAGCAAAAAACCCCCCCUGA